AUGGAGCAGCCAUUGCUGCCAGGCAAGAAGAAGGGCGUGCGAAAGAGGACGAAAGACGACUUCAAAGCCAAACUUCCUGUCGUGCUGCGGUAUCCAAAGCUCUUCAAUUUGUUCUGUGUGGCGGUGUACUUUGCUGUCGGCUUCGUGGUGCUCUCUUCGCAGGAAGACUGGGAACCGUCGACUGUUCUGUAUGUCGUAGCGCAAAUUGUGACAACCAUUGGCUACGGCGAUGUGACAGUCCACCAUGGAGGAAAAGUUUUUAUGACGCUCUACGUGCUGCUGGGGAUACUGCUUGUGGCAGAUGCCAUAAACAACUUCUUUGACACCGUGCUCGACAAGGCAGAGACCGAGCUUGAGGACGUGAUGAAGAACGUUGAGUCGGCGGUUGGCGGGUCAGCGCCAGACCCUUUGAGAAAUCCGUCUCCGAGGCAUCAGGCAUGGCUUGAUCUGACGAUAGCUGCGGUGACCUAUGCGGUCUCUGUGCUCAUCUGGGUCGCAUUCUUCUCCUCCUACGAACGCUGCACUUGCGUCAUUGCUGGUCAGCGCCUGCCGGGCUGCGUCGAAGAUGAUUGCGAAGCGACCGGAGGCCAGAAACUCACCGUCGUAGACGCGACAUACAUGGCAGUCAUCACAUUCUCCACGGUUGGCUUUGGCGAUUUCACUCCAUCAACCUACCUGGGUCGAAUCCUGGGCUCUGUUUGGAUGGUGGUGGGAACGCUGGCCUUCGCCAACUUGGUUGGAGCGGUAUCCAAAGUCCUGCGUGGAAAACGCCAGGAGUAUUUCAAGAAGUGCGUGGUAACACGAGAUAUGUUCAAGAUCAUUGACGAGGACGGUUCUGGUAAGAUCGACCGCCUGGAGUUCCAUAAUUGGGUUCUGGUCAGAGAGGGCAAGGUCGCUCGCGAAACGCUGGAGCAGAUAGACAAGCUUUUCGACUCACUGGACAAGGACGGCAGUGGCAGACUGAGCUUCGACGAAAUCAACGGCAAGUUCGAGCAAGAUCCGGCACCCAACACUGGGUUUUCCUGGGCCAAGGACAGCUCGGGCGGAAUCUGGGACAACUCGGAAGGUCUCUCGGACCCAUGGUCCAUGUGGGGCACCAAGCCAUACUGGGGCUCCAAGCAGUCAGAGAGCAUCUCAAUGCCAGUUUCACUUCGACAACUCAGCAAUUGGAGGUGGGAUUCGAAAUUCGCGGCUUUCGGUGAGUAUUCCGAGCAAUCGGAGUAUUCAAGUGACUGGAGCCAGGAGCAGGUGCUCUCCACGAACAUCCAGCGAAGCCCGAACCAGCCUUGGCAGACCGGCAUGACCAU